CCUGGGCCGUGUGGGCCGGGCAGCCAUUUUGGGAAGAGCUUUGUUAUGGUUGUGGGCUCUACACCUCUGCCGGAUCAGGAAGCUGGGGACGCACCCUCAGACGCCGCGACUGGUCCCUAGCUGUAGCCCUGCCGCUGCCCGUGAUAGAUUCCUGUGGCCUUUAAAAUGAUUGAAUAACGAUGGACAUGAAUGCAAAGUGACUUCUCUACUGAAGCAGAAGAUUCUUAUUACCUUCCAUUAACUCAGCUUAGUCUUCAAGAAGGGGCAGAACGAGUGAAAUACAGAAAACUGAAGAGAAGAAAACCUCAGUUUGGAACUUUCUCCAUGACUGUUCCUUAAGCCCUAUCUUUCUACUUGUUUUAAUUUUGCUGUGAAUUUAUAAAUAGUGAAGACCAAAGAAAUAGAAGAAACAUUUGAGAGCUUUAUACUAAGAAAUUUGCCUUGAGAGCUGCUAUUCUUAGGAGGGAAAAGCAUAUCAAGUUCCUGUCUGAUUUUUUGUUUGUUUUAAACAGGUUUCUUAUGUCCUUAGAUUUUGAAGGAUAAGUCAAGUAUAAAUACAUACCUACACACUAUUUUUAGCAGCUGUGAAAGAAUAAUGAGAUUUGUAAAUUAAGGGCUUUGUAAUGUGGAUGUUUUGCUACUAGAGUUGAUUACUCAGAAGAUCUUUUAUAGCUCUUCAGUGUUUUAUUUUUGAUCUAUCACUUCAAUGAUAUUAUUUGCCCAAACAAAAGUCCAUCUGUCUUUCUAAGCUAUGACCUUUUUGUGAACAGUGUUUGCAUUCAAUGUGCAAAUGUCCAUGUAUUAUCUAUUUAAGCAACAUCAUAGGGCCAUCACUCAAGGAAGUUGAAUGAGGUGAACAUUGAUAUAGCUCUUUCCCCUUCCCCCUAUUUUUUAAAUGUAACAAAUACUUUUUAUGUUCCCCUCCCCCUUCCCCUUUCCCCUUUCCCCUUUUGGAAACGUGUCAGGAUCUAGAUAGUUUAAGAUGAGCAAUUGAGGGGACUGAGAAAUUGAUCCACACAGAGCCUGGCUUCUUUGUGCUUCAUCAUAAGGUGUGCUGCCGGCCAGCCUAAUUUUAAGUACCCUUUUAACAAGAGAACCUCGUGGAAAUCCAGCCGGCAGACUCAAGGAGUUCAGGAAACAGGACCACAGAGGUUACGCUCUGGGAUCCUGGCCAUGAGGUUGGAUGCCUCACCUUGUUGAAAAGAGACACUGGACCUAAAUGGCGCAGCAUGACUUUGUUCCUGCUUGGCUAAAUUUCUCAACACCACAGUCAGCUAAGUCACCUACAGCCACCUUCGAAAAACACGGAGAGCACCUACCCCGAGGAGAUGGUAGAUUUGGAGUAAGCCGUCGUCGACAUAAUUCCUCUGAUGGCUUUUUUAACAAUGGACCUCUACGAACGACAGGAGAUUCCUGGCACCAGCCCUCCCUGUUCCGGCACGAUUCCGUGGACUCUGGUGUCUCUAAGGGGGCAUAUGCUGGAAUCACAGGGAACCUAUCUGGUUGGCACGGCUCUUCCCGAGGUCACGAUGGCAUGAGCCAGCGUAGUGGGGGUGGCACAGGGAACCAUCGCCACUGGAAUGGCAGCUUCCACUCCCGGAAAGGCUGUGCCUUUCAGGAAAAGCCACCUACAGAGAUUAGGGAAGAGAAGAAAGAUGAUAAGGUAGAAAAGUUGCAGUUUGAAGAAGACGACUUUCCUUCUUUGAAUCCAGAAGCUGGCAAACAGAAUCAGCCAUGCAGACCUAUUGGGACCCCUUCUGGAGUGUGGGAAAACCCACCUAGUGCCAAGCAGCCCUCCAAAAUGCUAGUCAUCAAAAAAGUUUCCAAAGAAGAUCCUGCUGCUGCCUUCUCUGCUGCAUUCACCUCACCAGGAUCUCACCAUGCAAAUGGAAACAAAUUGUCAACCAUGGUUCCAAGUGUCUAUAAGAACCUGGUUCCUAAGCCUGUACCACCUCCAUCCAAGCCCAGUGCGUGGAAAGCUAACAGAAUGGAACACAAAUCAGGAUCCCUUUCCUCUAGCCGGGAGUCUGCUUUUACCAGUCCAAUCUCUGUUACCAAACCAGUAGUACUGGCUGGUGGUAUAGUUUUAAGCUCUCCUAAAGAGAGCCCCGCCAGCACCACUCCUCCAAUUGAGAUCAGCUCCUCUCGUCUGACCAAGUUGACCCGCCGAACUACUGACAGGAAGAGCGAGUUCCUGAAGACUCUGAAGGAUGACCGGAAUGGAGACUUCUCAGAGAGCAGAGACUGUGAGAAGCUGGAGGAUUCAGAGGACAACAGCACACCUGAACCAAAAGAAAAUGGAGAGGAAGGCUGUCAUCAGAAUGGUCUUGAUCUCCCCGUAGAAGACGAAGGGGAGGUCCUCUCUCACUCUUUGGAAGCAGAGCACAGGUUAUUGAAAGCAAUGGGAUGGCAGGAGUAUCCUGAAAAUGAUGAGAAUUGCCUUCCCCUCACAGAGGAUGAGCUCAAAGAGUUCCACAUGAAGACAGAGGAGCUGAGAAGAAAUGGCUUUGGGAAGAAUGGCUUCUUGCAGAGCCGAAGUUCUAGCCUAUUCUCCCCUUGGAGAAACACUUGUAAAGCAGAGUUUGAGGACUCAGACACGGAAACAAGUAGCAGUGAAACAUCUGAUGACGAUGCCUGGAAGUCUUGGCUGCUAUCAGGAAAGGAGUCCCAUCCCAUGGACUCCCACUCCGGGGAGCUAGGGCUCCUGUCCUGUGGGUCCUGUGACAUGGUUUUCCGUUCCUGGGCCCUGCUGGCCACCCACACUCAGCGCUUCUGCAUUGGCCGUCAGCCCCGGGAGCUGACAGUUGGAGAACAGCCCCCAAUAGCCACUGAACCACGGAGGAUUCCUCACCCCACACCCUGUACCCAGGUUGUGCCAGAAGAACACCAGGGCCUCCCAGACCAGGAGGCCAGCAAAUCGGCUCUGAAGAGGCUAACAGAUGAGGUGCAGCGGCUGCGGCUGUAUCUGCAGGAAAUGCGACCCAGCAUAACAGAGGUCCCCAGAGGGUCACAGGGGCCCUGGAGGCGGUCAGAGGCACCGACUCAGGGUCCCAACUACGAGACUGCUGGGAGCCCCGGCGAGCGGCUGCGGGCGCUGCACCGGACUCACGCAAGGCUCUUGGCAGAGACCAAGGCACAGAGCUGUGCCCUGGAGCGACGCGGCGAGGAACUGAGCCGGCACCUCCAAGGUUUGGCUUGGACCCGGGACGGGAAAUCACGCAUAUUCAGCCUGGAGCGGGAGCUUCGAGAACUCCGGGCAGAGGCCGGGCGAACGCGGGGUGCUCUAGAGGAGUUAGGGGCGCACGUUCAGCAGCUACAGGCCAACCCCGGGACCCGGCUGAACGCCUUACGAGAGGCAGAACUCUGUGGUCCGGUGCUACAGGCAAACCCAGGGACUCUGGCUGCGGAGAUCGGGGCCCUGCGUGAGGCCUACAUUCGAGGCGGGGGCCGGGACACCGGCAUUCUGGGCUGGAUAUGGCAGUUACAAGUGGAGGCGUCAGCUCUGGAGCUUCCGCGGUCGCGGACCCGCAGGGGAAGACAGGCAGGUGCCGCAUUCAAGGAGCUUCUAGCAGUGGAGGCUGAAAAUCGGCGCCUGGAGGCAGAAAUCCUGGCUUUGCAGAUGCAGAGGGGUGCAGGCCGGGUGCCCUGGGGGCACAGGGAGCCGAGACUUGUGGCCAAUCCCAGCCCACGCCUGAGAAGAAGGGAAGAUCCCCCAAGCCUCCCACCUCCAGUGGCUCCCCCGCUGCCGCUGCUUCCACACUCCACAGGCGUCCUAUUCUUGGGUGGCGCCGAAAAGGCUUCGCAGCUUCCUGGAACCAUGACCAGGAACAUGGGCCUGGAUCCACACUUCCUCCUGCCCACAACUGACGUUCUGGGCCCUGCACCCUACGACCCUGGGGCUGGCCUUGUCAUUUUCUAUGACUUCCUGCGGGGCCUUGAGGCUUCUUGGAUUUGGGUGCAACUAUUGACUGGCUUGGCCCGAGAUGGACAGGAUACAGGAGGGACCACAGCGUUGCCCCCAGCCCUUUGCUUGCCCGCACCUCCAGCUCCUGGGCCCAUGGGCAACUGUGCCAUCCUUGCCAGCAGGCAGCCUAUACCCAGACUACCACCUUCACCAUCAGUAUCCUUGGUCUGUGAGCUGCAAGCCUGGCAGGGGCUGGCAUGGGCUAAAGCACCACUGCCAAAAGCCUGGGCCUCGCUGGUGCUAUUUGACCGGGAUCAGAGGGUACUAAGUGGUCGCUGGCGUCUCCCACUUCGGACCCUUCCUCUGGACCCCAGCCUUAGCUUUGGGCAGCUGAAUGGGAUUCCCCAGGUAGGUCAGGCCGAGCUCUUUCUGCGGCUGGUGAAUGCAAGAGAUGCAGAUGUACAGACACUGGCAGAGAUCAAUCCAGCAAGUGCCCACGAGUACCAGUACCCACCUCUGGUGCCCAACUCAUCUUCACUGGAGGCCAGCUCCCUGGCCCCAACAGCUGGCUUUGUUGACCCCCCUCCCCUGAAGACCCCCACCAGCGGCAGAGUCAAGCACAGAGAGGAGGGUUUGCGCCCUCAGCACAGCUUUGACCCACCCCCACUGGCUUUCUGAGUCCAGAAGAAUGGGCGUAAGAGUAGCUUCACAGGCACAGGACUGGGGCCUAGACUGAGGCCUGUUCUCCCAUCUGCAGCUUUACUACUCCAUGUUCUGACAGAGGGUCUGGAAGCAAAUACAGAUGUGAACACACAACAUGAGCUCCCAUCACAGCUCUACCACCUUCCACAAGUACUUGGCCUUUCUUAUCCUUCUGUAAAAAAGAUUGAUGUGAGGAUUAAACAGAUAUGUCAGGUAUUUACAGUAUUGCCUGGCAUAUAAGAAAAUUCUCUGAAAGGUGACUUGGAGACAGUCUUUCAUUCAGCUAAAGGAACUUGAUGAACUCAUUCCUGUUUUUUUUUUGCUAAAGCCAGUCUUACCGCCCACUUCUUCAUCCAAAUCCAAGCUUCUUCAGGACAUCACCCAGGAAGCCUUCCAGGUUCUCAAGGUCACCAUGAAACAGGGAGCUCCUGUAGCCAUAUAUACUUACAGAAAGACAACCCAGUCAUGUUCCUCCCAAGUUGGCGGCAGGGGGGAUGGUCACAAGUGAAACCUGAAUUGUUAUAUUGGGCGUGGCCCCAGACCCCAGUGUCAGCCAAAGGUCAAAGGCCUGGUAGUCAAGAACUCCCUCCGGGCUUCCCUGGUGGCGCAGUGGUAAAGAGUCCAGGUUCGUGCCCCAGUCCGGGAAGAUCCCACAUGCCGCGGAGCGGCUAGGCCCGUGAGCCAUGGCCGCUGAGCCUGCGCGUCCGGAGCCUGUGCUCUGCAACGGGAGA